AACAGAUGAGGAGAAGAAGAAUUAUACGCUUCAAGAAAUUGAAGAGAUAUUGUUAUGCAAUGGUGGAACUCUGAAAGAAAUUGAAGAAAUGCCAAAGCCAAACAGCAUAGGUUUAGAUCAUUCCAAUCGUUAUAUAAUAGAGGAGAAGAACUACAAUCGUGAUGAAUUGAAAGAAAAACAUGAUGAUUGGGUAGAGUUGAUGACGUCUGAGCAAAGGGCAAUAUAUGAUGAGAUAAUGGUAGCUGUUUUAAAUGAUUGUGGAGGAGUCUUUUUUGUUUACGGUUUUGGUGGAACAGGAAAGACUUUUAUGUGGAAAACUCUUUCUGCAGCUGUUAGAUACAGGGGAUUGAUAGCUAUAAAUGUUGCCUCAAGUGGUAUAGCUUCUUUGCUGUUAGAGGGUGGAAGGACUGCACACUCAAGGUUUUGUAUCCCUAUAAAUCCUGAUGAUUUUACAACCUGUAAUAUCAAUCCUACUUCAGAUUUGGCUAAGAUGUUGAAAGAAGCGUCUCUCAUCAUAUGGGACGAAGCACCAAUGAUGAGCAGAUAUUGUUUUGAGAAUCUGGAUAGAAGUUUAUCUGAUAUAAUGAGAAAUGCAGACAACAAGCCGUUUGGUGGAAAAGUAGUUGUAUUUGGAGGUGACUUCAGGCAGGUAUUACUUGUAAUAAAUGGUGCUGGUAGGGCUCAGAUUGUUCUAGCUUCAUUGAACUCUUCGUAUCUAUGGGAACAUUGUAAGGUUCUGUCUUUGACGAAGAAUAUGCGGCUUAUGUCAAAGAAUAUGACAGAGAUUGAAGCAAGGAAUAUAAAGGAGUUUUCUGAUUGGAUUCUAGCUGUUGGAGAUGGGAAAAUUCCCGAAUCAAACGAUGGGGAAGCUCUUAUUGAUAUUCCAGAAGAAUUGCUAAUAAGAGAUGUAGUUGAUCCUAUUGAUUCUAUAAGUAGGGCCGUAUAUGGUGAUUUGGAAAAGUUGCAUACAAAAACAGAUCCGAAGUUUUUCCAAACAAGAGCUAUUUUAUGUCCAACAAAUAGUGAUGUUAACACCAUCAAUGAAAGACUGCUUGAGAAGCUCCAAGGUUAGUUUCUACUUUUAAAUCAGGAAAAUUUUUAGUUUUUCUGAUGUUAGUUAA